UGAACCUGCUGGUGAAGGUGGUGCAGCUUCCCAAACCAUGUCCAGGACAGAGCCUCUGGGAGAUGCUGAGGUUUCUCUGACAGGGAAUUACCCAGCUACAGGUCACAAGAAACCCCAUGAGCCAGCCAUAGUCAAGAUGCAAGUACUGAAGGAAAUGCAGCAGGAAGGACAAGCGAUGGACCAAAAAGCUGUACUGAAGGUGGCAUUUCCCGGGGUAAGUGGCGGCUCAUUGGAAGGCCCUGCAGGAAGGAAGGCGAUGCCAGACACGGGCACAGGCACAGCAGAUGAAGUGUCUGGGAAGGCUUCUCCAUUAACUUGGCUGCAUAAAGUUUUGGUCCUAUCUGAGCCACUGUCAGGUGUGUCUGCAGGGAGGACUUCUCCAGCUCCUUUGCUGAUUCGUACACAGAAGCCCAGCUCCCAUCUCAGGGAUCCUACGAGGGGAAAGAACAAAGGCAAAGGACACCAGAAACCCCAUGAGCCAUCCAAAAACAUGAGGCAAAUGCUGAAAGAAUUGCUGCAGGCAGGACAAGUGGAUGGAGAGGCUGGGCAGAAGGUGGCGUUUCCCGAAGGAAGCAGUGACUCCAUGCCAGCCUCUGCUGCAGGAAGGGAGGUGAUGCCAGGCACAGGCAGAGGAGACUGGGAUCGUGACAUGGAUUCCAUGCUUGUCUUUCUGGAUGAGAGUUUGAAGACCUCGGCAGAUAGUAGAGCUAACCCGGUUGGUGAAACUGAUCUGGCUUCCCAACCCACAUUCAGGAAUGAGCCUCUGUGAGGUGGUGAGGGUAGGUCAAGGCCUUUCCCCUGGGAGAGCUGCCAGCUCAGAGGCCAA